AUGGAUACGAGAUUCAUCGAUCAUCAUGGCUCAGGCCUCAGGGACGAGGUUCAACCAUAUCGCAACUCUAUCGUCAUCUACGAAGAACCACUCGUUCCUGGAAUAACAUAUUAUCGUGGUAAAAUGAUAAACGCCAUGCAUGACAUGACCUUCGAGGAGAAUAGGGAGGGUAUGGCAACGGAGACCCCGCAACAACCAUGUUCCUCCAUUGGGUCUGCGAAAAUUAAGGUGGGGUUAUCGGGCAGGACAGAGAGGAUUAUGGUUCAUGACAUUCGGCGACGGAACGAGCCACGCUACAGCCACGUUGUCAUGGCCAUCCCGGCUCGCGUGGAGGAGUCGGUCCGCCUUCCUCCGCCCUCAAUCCUCGGCGAUUUGUGCAACUGA